UUGUACUCAGAAAAGAAUAUUAAUCACCAGUGUUGUGACAUAUACAGUUACCUUAGCAUUUGUUAUUAGGCUCUAAAAAUAAUCGCUGACUAUUUUUUUUAGUGUAGUUAAAGAUGUCCACCCCAGCAAGAAGGCGGCUCAUGCGAGAUUUUAAGCGGCUCCAGGAGGAUCCUCCAGCCGGCGUCAGCGGAGCUCCGUCUGAGAACAACAUCAUGGUGUGGAACGCGGUUAUAUUCGGUCCAGAAGGAACACCUUUUGAAGAUGGUACCUUCAAACUCACAGUUGAGUUCACGGAGGAAUAUCCGAACAAGCCCCCAACUGUGCGGUUCGUCUCAAAAAUGUUUCAUCCAAAUGUGUAUGCUGAUGGCAGUAUCUGCCUAGAUAUUCUUCAGAAUCGAUGGAGUCCAACUUACGAUGUUUCAUCUAUUCUGACAUCAAUUCAAUCUCUUCUAGACGAGCCAAAUCCUAACAGCCCCGCAAACAGCCAGGCAGCACAACUGUAUCAAGAAAACAAACGGGAAUAUGAGAAACGAGUGUCAGCGAUUGUAGAGCAGAGCUGGAGGGACAGUUGACCACAUUCACAAGCCAUGCUCUCACUGAAAUGUUGUUUUCCUUUUGUUUGGCUCUGUUGUUUGGGGAUAGUUUUUCAAAUCUCCAUUUUUAAGUUUUUAUGCACUUUACUCAUGCAAGAUUGUGAUUUUUUUUUUUCUCUCCCAUGUUUUUGCCUGGACUGAUUUCAACCCUCAUUAAGAUCAGUGAAAGGGGUCAAUGUACCCGGUGAAUAAUGCUCGACUAAUUUUGCAUACGGCAUGAACAUGCAGUGAUUGUUCUGUUUUGCUAAAUGCAUAAGCGUCUCUUUAAAAACACACACAUUAUGGUUGAGUCAAUCAAGGCAGUCUAAUCUGGAUUCAUGACUCUUGCUGAGAGACAAAAGUCAUAGUAGUGUUGAUGAAAAUGUUUCUGGUGCUUUGUCAAUUUUAAUAUCAUGGUCUCGCUCAAAAAGCAGUUAAAAGUGUCCUUUCAAUUUUGGUUUUGCUUCAGUUCUGGAUUCGUUACGUGGAUUCAGUCACAAAUCUUCUUGGCUCUGCCGGGCGGUGUUGGCAUGCUACCACACGAGUGGUGAGCAUCUCUAGUACGCACUAAAAAGAUGUCGGUAAGCAGACGUCAGGGUAUAUAUAAAUUAUAUCAAAUUAGUUGACCAAAAAAUGGCAAUAUAAUGUGGAGUUUAAAAUAUAUAUAUAUUUACUAGUCAAAAAAAAGAUUUGCUGGAAUUACUCAAAGUUCAAAAACAUCCUACAGAGAUACAUUAACUGCAGUUACUUAAUAUCUUUUCAUGGCUUGCAGCACAAGUCCAAUCAAUCAAGUGAAAUUGUCUUUUUUCCAAGCCCUUGAUCUUUGCAGAUGUAUGCCCUGUUACAUGCAUGAAUGCCUGAGUGUGUCCUUGCCUCUAUUAAUCUCUUGUAAAUACAAAAACAUCUGAAUUUUGUGUACAGAUUUUGCACUGGUUGGCAAUCUCAUUUUCCAGCACUUGUAAAUACUUAAAUAAAAGGUGAAACUAC